AUGGCAUUGGCAUUGCUUCCCCCUUAUCACCCGAUCCACCCUCUGCAAAGUUCUCUACCCUCGCCAACUGUACGACUGGCAUCAGCGGCGAUGGAGCAGGCGAACAAAGUCAGGCCGUCUCUACCGUCAAUCUCGAGCCUCAUCGAAGCAGUCACGGAGCGGUGUGAAAAUGGAAAUGCCUCAUCUCCAACAUUCGAUGCCUCUCGAAGGAUAUCUGGAGGCUCACAUGGACAUGGAUUAAGCCCAGAAAGACCAAAAUUAUCAGGAAGCCCCCGAAGUCUUCCUCCACCGACACCAGAAUUAUCAGCACCGUCGAGAUUCGACUUACCCCGACCCUCCCCUACCAACACUUCGCCUCGUACACACCCCAGCCGAAGCAGUUAUCAUCAAAGCACGAAUCCUGAGUUGUAUGCUCAACGGCCAUCUGCUUGUCCCACGGCGACCGAACUAGCGACUACAUAUCCUCCGUCGACUGAUUCGAGUUCAUGGCCUUCUUCACAUCUUCAAAGGCUCGCAGCUGAUAGUAUGCAACCAGACCAGCCACCGAGGCCCUCAGGAGGCCCUUCAAUCGAGGCUCCUCCGGCAGAGGUGCCAGGGUACAACGGGCUUGCUCAACAACGGCCACUGCCAACAGAUUUUCCUGGCCCGGUGUCCGGUAUUGGUAUGCCAACAAUCGACCAUUCGAUGGCGCCAGCGUGGCAACUUCCUCACUACUAUCCCCCUGUCCACAACUCAUACCCUCAGAGUCAUGAGCGCUACAUAUGCCCGACAUGUCACAAGCCUUUCUCCCGGCCAAGUUCACUAAAAAUUCACACCUACUCGCAUACGGGAGAAAAACCUUACAGGUGCAAGUAUGAUGGUUGUGGGAAAUAUUUCAGUGUCAGAAGUAACAUGAAACGGCACGAAAAGGGGUGUCACGGAGGUGAAUCUGCAGCAGCAAGAGGGUCCUACCCGAGAUCAACC